AUGUGGUUUUCCUGUCGAUCACACGUGUUGCAAUAUCUUUCCUUAGCUAUAAUCUUAAGCUGCUUCCUUACUUAAGCUUAGAAAUUUCCAAACCUUGAUUUAAGAUAAAAUAAGGUUAUCGAUGAAAGCCCUGGAAAUUUUAGAGGUUGCAGUGCUGAUUUACCCAAUUUAUCUGUAGGAGAUCAAAAUCUUACUCAGUCGAAUUUCGAAAAGUUCAAGAAGGCAAACAAUCUGUUUGUAUUGGGACUUUCAGAUAGUGGUUGCCCGUAAUGCUGCACAAGUGAAGAACUUCUGCUUUCUUUGCAAUAAGAUUUUUCUACAUCUAAGUAUCUAAACAAGAAGAAUAAGAUCAAGAUUGCUAGAUUAGACAUUUCUAAGAAAUACGACUUCAUUGAGAAAGAAGGAAUCAUGACUUAGUCAUCACCCUCAAUGUUUGUAUACUUCGAUGGAUAGUACUACAUAUUCGAGGGAAAUGUCUAGUCCAAAGUAGAGUUCUUACAUUUUAUGAAUAAAAUCAUCAAUCCAUUAAUCACUCUUAAAACAGAUGAAGACGUCUAGAAAUUUCUCAAUUAAAAUGAGGAAUUCUAAGAAAACACAAAAUUUUUUGAUAAAAAUUACUUAGCUCUUGGAGAUGUUUUUAAGAAUCGAAAAACUAAAACUAGAGUCAUAGCUUUCAUUUAUGAUAAAGAAGACUAUACUGAUGAACUUAAGAAUCUUAGAUAGACUGGUAGAUUCUCUGCUAAAAGAGAUGAAUUAAGAAUUGCUUUAGUCCCUGAUAAAAAGAUUAUUAAAAAAUACAAGGCUAAGUAUGGCACAUUAUGGUUCCCUGAAGGCACAUACAGUACAAUAAUGUUGAAAAGAUAUGAUGGCUAGACAUUUUACUCAGAUUUGUUAGGUGAUGGAAGUGGAAUAUUAAGCUAUCAAUAUUGGAUAAACAAGAAAAGUAUUAAUCUUGUUGAAGAAACAAACACUGAUACCUUUAGAGUUUUUGAGAUGAUCAGGCAACCAAUCUUGGUUGCAUUUGUUGAUAUGAAAUCUAAAGAUAAGAAAGUAUUCAAAGAAUCAAUAAAUCUUGUCGAUAAUGUAUUGAAGGAAGUAGCACCAGCAUUUUUCCAUGGCCUUAUUAUUUCUUAUGCAGAUAACACUCUAUACCAUAAGCAUCGUAAGCUAUUAGGAAUCACACAUGAUAAAAUACCUGCUAUAUCGAUUAACAAUAAUGAGCAAAAAGUAGUACCAUACCCAGAAGAUCAACUAUUUACAGUAGAAUUAAUGAAGAAAUGGCUAAGCAAGUUCGUGAAAGGGCAGCUAGAAACUAAAGAUAGCGGAUUCGGUUCAAUUAUUGAUGCAGAAAUAAAGUAUAUGAUGCCAGAUUGCUUGAUGAUAACUAGACAUACCUUUGUUGAUAAAGUUUUUGAAGAAGGUAAAGAUGCAAUAGUAUUCCUCUAUACAAGUUCUGUUGAGGAUGAGACUCAGAGGAUGGUCGCUGGAAAAUUCAAUGAAGCUGCAUAAAAAUUCAAAUAAAUGAAGAUAAACUCAGUUACAUUCUAUGCCUAUGAUGUGAAUGUUGAAAACUAGCCACCAAGAAUUGAGCAGCAAGAAGUACCUAUCAUUUAUUUCUUCCCAGCUUACCACAAAAAUCCACCGUAUUCUAAAUAUCUAGGACAAGCUAAAGCCUCUGAAAUAGCAGAAUUCAUAAAGAAAAAGGCAGAUAUAAAGUUUGAAAUGACUAUUGAUCUUGCAUAAUAGGAGUAAUUCUAAGAAAUGAGGAUUAAAUCAAUGAUGGAAGAACAGGAAAGAAAGAACUCAAUGAAAAUGAUUGAGGACGAACUUAAGAGAAGAGGUGAACUGUGA